AUGUAGGGUUGGUUUUGAGCCAUAGCUUCGUCAACCAUGCGAUAAUGUCUAUCUUGAUCAUGUACCUCCAAGAGAAUUGGUUUUCAUGAACAUUUUCUAAUAGCUGCCGUAGUUACAAAUGUGCAAGAAGGGGUAGCAGACAUAUUGGUGAUUUUCCUAGCUCAUUUCUCACACACAUUCAAUGGUGGUCUCAAAAUAAUUGCCACCACAAAUGCUGCCUAUAUUCUUGGGCUAUCUCUGUUAUGGCUUCCUAAUGAAUAUAAGAGUGAGGACUACGCAGCAAUGGCCAGGAUAUUCUAUGGAGCUGUGGUACUAUUAACAUUAGGCGAAUCUGGGCGAUCCGCUGCAUUGGAAGAAUUUCUUAAGAAGCAAUGUUUAAGCAAACAUAAAGAAACAGGACGCAGAUGACAAACGACCGGAAGGAUGGGAAGAAGCUAGCGAACAGAAAGAAAUAACGGCAGAAAAGCAUACAGAAGCUGGUGGCGACCAACAGGUGACGAAAGAAACGGCAGAAAGGAAUAAAAAGGACUUCUGGGUGUUCCAUGGUUUUUAGGUGCAGUGGUACCUCUUUUCCUUUCAAAAACAACUUGGACUCAGAUCUUCAUGAUUUCAACAAUUGCAAUGGCAGUUUCUUAUUUAUUGUUCUGGUUUGGGUUCAACGAUUAUUUGAAAAACAAUAAAGAAGCACAAGCAGGGGAGCAUCCCCAAGUCACGGAAAGAGAGAACCUUUGGACACUGAACAAAAAGGUGAGGAAGAAAAAACGUUUGCGCAAAGAAAUUGUAGCUUCAUGGUUGGCCUUCUUUGUAUUCAGUAUGGUAAAGGCAGCGGGGAGCACCUUCUUUUUCGAACAAAUCAGUAACUUGAAAAAUCCCAUCCACAAUUAUGACCCUGCAGUUUAUUUCAAUGUGCUUAGCUCCUUUUCGAGGUACAUAAUCUCAUUUCUCUUCCCCAAACUAAUUCCAAAGCGAACGCGGGUGAGAAUUGGCUGUGGAAUGGCUUCUACUGUGUUAUGUUGCGUUGCUGCUUGGGUGGUUGAGAUCCACAGGAUGAGGAAAGUUACGAGGGCAGGGCUUGAAGAUGACACUUUUGACAUUUCUAUGAGCAUAUUUUGGUUGGUUCCACAGUUCUUCCUGUUAGGACUUAUGGAAGGGUUGGCCGUAGAUGGAUUGAUUGAUCUUUUGGCUGAUAGAGUGGACGAGGAGGAUAAAGAAAUGGCUAAGAAUUAUGGAUCCCACACCAGCGACUUAGUGGUGGGGAUUGGAAAAUUACUAACUGCUCCUAUUAGCUUAGCAUUUAGUCAUAGAUGGUUCAAUGACAGCAUAAAUCUGAGUCGUCUGGACAAGUUUUACAGACGGCUAACGUUUCUAAGUCUCUGUAGCUUCGUCUACUACUUGUAUGUCCGCUUUUACUUUUAUAGCAAGGAUGACACACAUAACUCCGCCAUCGAAGAACACGAACAAGGCCGUAAUGGAAGUGGAGUUGUGGAAAUCGCAACUGUUUAGA